AUGGGUUCUGGUCCAACCACAGCCAGUUUUCUAGGCUCAACAUCCACCGACUUUCCUCGCACUCACGAGAAGAUCUCAGAACCAAAGGACACACCGUAUUUUGUGGACAAUGAGUUCCGACUUUCUCAGUCGAAAGACUUCGUGCUUGUCCACGACCCUGCCACAAAUAACCUAGUAACCAGGGUACCAUUGAUGACCACCGAAGAGUUGCAGGAUGCGAUUGAUUCCGCGCAAAAAGCCUUCAGUUCCUGGAGCAGAGUCUCUAUCAUUGCCCGACAGCAGAUCAUGUUCCGCUACGUCGCGCUUAUCAAAGAGAACUGGGACAGACUUGCCGCCUCCAUCACCCUAGAGCAGGGCAAAACAUUCGCAGAUGCGCGAGGUGAUGUGCUUCGUGGGCUGCAGGUGGCAGAAGCUGCAUGCGCCGGCCCCGAGUAUAUGAAGGGAGAGAUUCUCGAAGUCGCCAAAGACAUGGAAACGAGGACUUAUAGAGAGCCUCUCGGCGUUGUUGCCGCAAUCUGCCCGUUCAACUUCCCGGCCAUGAUACCGCUUUGGUGCAUUCCGAUUGCCACCAUCACCGGCAACACGCUGGUUCUUAAACCCUCCGAGCGAGACCCCGGCGCUGCCAUGAUACUUGCCGAGUUGGCCGAAAAGGCCGGCUUUCCAAAGGGCGUGAUAAACGUGGUUCAUGGCGCACACGAUACCGUCAACUAUCUGCUAGACUCCCCGGCGAUCAAGGCCAUCAGCUUUGUUGGAAGCAACAAGGCUGGAGAGUAUAUCUUCACUCGUGGCUCUGCAAAUGGCAAGAGAGUGCAAGCGAACUUGGGCGCGAAGAAUCAUGCACUAAUCAUGCCUGAUUGUGACAAGGGAGCGACACUGGACGCUAUUGUCAGUGCGGCCUUUGGAGCGGCGGGACAGCGCUGUAUGGCACUGUCGGUCGCAGUAUUCGUUGGUGAAACGCGCAGCUGGCUUGAUGAGUUAGUGGCCAAGGCGAAGACUCUCCGGACAGAUGCUGGCUUUGAGGAUGGCGCUGAUCUCGGCCCUGUGGUGACACCCGAGAGCAAAUCUAGAAUCGAAUCGCUCAUCGCGAGUGCGGAGGCGGAGGGAGCCAAGAUUCUUCUUGAUGGACGCGGUUAUAAGCCAGCAAAGUAUCCAAACGGUAACUGGGUCGCCCCGACAAUCAUCGCCAAUGUCACGCCAUCUCAGCAGUGUUAUAAGGAGGAAAUAUUUGGCCCUGUCCUGGUCUGUGUCGAGGUUGACACGCUCGAGGCUGGUAUCGAACUAAUUAACAACAACGACUACGGAAAUGGCGCUGCGGUUUUCACAUCAUCAGGCGCCAUUGCGGAGAGGUUCCGGCGCAACAUUGAGGCGGGUCAACUGGGCAUCAAUGUGCCGAUCCCAGUACCUCUCCCGAUGUUCUCAUUUACGGGAAACAAAAAGAGUGUGGCUGGAGGGGGUGCCAGUACCUUUUAUGGGAAACCGGGGGUCAAUUUCUACACACAGUUGAAGACGGUCACCUCCAAGUGGUCAAGCGCGAGUAUCUCGCCAGCUAAGGCGGAGCUUUCAAUGCCUACUGGAUCAUAG